AUGUAUCAAGAUCUACUUUAUGAACAAGAUAACAAAGGAAAUGACAAACAAGAGAGUAUUACUCACAGUGAUAAUUCUGUGGUCCAAGAAAGUAUUACGUGUCCAUGUUAUUUAGUUGCCGCAAAAACUUAUUUCCCUAUUCUUUUUAAAUAUUUCAAAAGAGAUGAUCCUUUGGUAGUUUGGGCCAAAGCAGUUGCAAGGGAAGAUUCACCAAAAGAGAAAACAUUUGAAUCAGCUGAUGAUCUUGUUGAAAAUUUGAUGCAUAUUGUACAUUGUUUUGCAUAUAAGGACGAUUUUUAUUUAUUGUACCCUGAACAAAAUCGUACUGAAGCGGUGGUCAAGCUUAGAAAUUACAUAAGGUUCAUAUUUAGCAAAAUUUCCACUUCAUAUACUCGUCAAGAUAUAUCUGCAACACAUCUAUUAAGCGCAUCAUUAAGAAAAGAACUUAUUUCUUCAGAAAGCUCCUCCUCCAAUGAUGGUAAUAGUGACCAAGAUGAAGACUGGAAUUACUCUGAGCUACUUCCCUCAUCUUUUUACGAGCAAUACGAACAAUUCUCUGUGGACUCCUUCAAUCAAGACCCAACCCUGAGGGACUACAAGAUCUAUAUAGAGCAUUAA